CAGCAAGAGUGCAUCGAAAAAUAACUUCCUGUUGAAGCCGGAAGACAGAGCUGUGACAUCAGAGCGACGCAGAGGUCAGAAACCCUCUCUUACAGCCAUCUUGGAUCCUGUGCCCUGAUCUAUCCAGAAUGCCAGGCGAAGCCACAGAAACUGUCCCUGUUACAGAGCAGGAGAUGCAGCAGCCCCAGGCUGAGACGGCCACACCUGCUGCUGCGGCCCCUACUACCUCUCAGGCAAAACCUAAAGAGGGCAAAACUAACCCCAAGCUGUCCUCUUCUCACGCCACCACUCCUAAGCCAGUUCCUGCUGGACGCAGGAAGCGCUCCUCUCUAUCUGCCUCCUCAAGCUCCCCUACCUCUCCUAAAUCUGCCUCCGGCCCACGUGCUACCCCUCCAUGUUCCCCUUUGGCCUUCCCUCCAGUUGAGACUCCUGUAGCUUUGAAAGCUGAGCAAUCUGCUCCCAAGGUGGUAAAGGCUGGCAAACAAGGGAAGCAACAGAAAACAAAGAAUUUUAAACCUGCCGAACAUGAGCAGGCGCCUCCCUCUGCCUCCAAGCCUGCUCAAGAGCCUGCAUCAGUGGCAGCUCUGCCAUCUCUUGCUGUACCAAUUCCAGAGGUAGCAAAACCAGCAGCUGAUGCUUCCCCUGUCUCUCCCAAAGUUGCUGUGGCUCCUGUGGCCUUUAAAGUGACUUCAAAAUCUGCUGUCCCAGCACCCAAGUCAUUUUCAGAAGCCGUGGCCACCUGUCCACCCAAAGUGGCUGAAACCCCCAAGUUUGCCUCUGAAGCUCCAAAAGUAGCAAAGACUGGCCCUGCCCAAGUGCCAAAUGUGAAUCCAGCCACUGCUGCUCCAUCAAAACCUGCUCCUCGGGUUGUGCCUGCAGAGUUUGAGGAUGAUGAUCUCCCACCUCUCUUACCACCCGAGAAUCCUUUUACAAUGCCUGCUUUCCCCCCCAUGCCACCUAGUGUAAUUUCUGUAGUUACCCCAACAGCUCCUAAAGCUGAACCUGUCGCCUCCAGUAAAGUUGAAUCUGGCCCUGCCCUUAAAGCGAAGGUUGCUCCUAAAGCUAAGCCAGCUCCUAAAGUUGAACCUGUCCUCACCCCUAAAGGAGUGACUACCCCUGUACAGAAAGCAGUUCCUGCACCUAAAGUUGAGCCUGUCUACACCCCUAAAGAUGAGUCUACUCCGGCCCCUAAAACUGAGGCUGCCCCUAAGAUAGAGGCUGCUCCUGCACCUAAAGCUAAGUCUACCCCUAGCCCUAAAGCUGAGCCUGCUCCUGCCGCUAAAGUUAAACCUGUUGCCUCUCCUAAAACUGAGGUGGUGGCCCCUAAAGUUGAGCCUGCUCCUGCUGCUAAAGUUAAACCCGUUACUGCCCCUAAAGCUGAGGUGGUGGCCCCUAAAGCAGAGUCUGCUCCUACCUCUCAGGUGGAGCCUGCCAUUAAAGUCGAGACUGCUGCCGCUAAAGUUGAGGCUGCUGCCCCUGCCGUUAAAGUUAAGCCUGCCCCUAAAACGAAGUCUGAUCCUUCCUCUAAGGUUGAGCCAGCUGCUGCCCCUAAAUUUGAAGCUGCUCCCCUUAAAGUUAAACCUGUGCCUGCCCCUAAAGUUGAGGCUGCUGCCCCUUCCCCUAAAGUCAAACCUGCUGCGCCUGCACCUGAAGUAGAGGCUGCUGCCCCUAAAGUUAAACCUGUGCCUGCCCCUAAAGUUGAGGCUGCUGCCCCUUCCCCUCAAGUCAAACCUGUGCCUGCCCCUAAAGUUGAGGCUGCUGCCCCUUCCCCUAAAGUCAAACCUGCUGCGCCUGCACCUGAAGUAGAGGCUGCUGCCCCUAAAGUUAAACCUGUGCCUGCCCCUAAAGUUGAGGCUGCUGCCCCUACCCCUAAAGUCAAACCUGCGCCUGCCCCUAAAGUCAAACCUGCGCCUUCCCUUAAAGUUGAGGCUGCUGCCCCUUCCCCUAAAGUCAAACCUGCCCCUUCCCCUAAAGUUGAGGCUGCUGCGCCUUCCCCUAAAGUCAAACCUGCCCCUUCCCCUAAAAUUGAGGCUGCUGCGCCUGCCCCUAAAGUUGUGGCUGCUGCGCCUCCCCCUAAAGUUGAGGCUGCUGCGCCUGCCCCUAAAGUUGAGGCUGCUGCCACUAAAGUUAAACCUGCAUCUGCCCCUAAAGUUGAGGCUGCUGCGCCUGCCCCUAAAGUUGAGGCUGCUGCACCUGCCCCUAAAGUUGAGGCUGCUGCACCUGCCCCUAAAAUUGAGGCUGCUGCGCCUGCCCCUAAAGUUGUGGCUGUUGGGCCUGCCCCUAAAGUUGAGGCUGCUGCCACUAAAGUUAAACCUGCACCUGCCCCCAAAGUAGAGGCUGCUGCGCCUGCCCCUAAAGUAGAGGCUGCUGCCACCAAAGUUAAACCUGUGCCUGCCCCCAAAGUUGAGGCUGCUGCCCCUUCCCCUAAAGUUGAGGCUGCUGCGCCUGCCCCUAAAGUUGAGCCUGUCCUUGCCCCUAAAGUUGAAGCACCUGUUCCCAGACCACUUAAAGCCCCAUCUAUACUGGAACCAGUCAUCAAGAACGACAAGGGAUCUGGCACUGAAUCUGACAGUGACGAAUCUGUUCCUGAUCUGGAGGAGCAGGACUCUGCACAGACACAGACACAGCAGGCACAGCUUGCAGCUGCAGCUGAAAUCGAUGAGGAACCUGUCAGCAAAGCAAAACAAAGCAGAAGUGAGAAGAAAGCCAGGAAGGCCAUGUCCAAAUUGGGGUUGAGACAAGUUGCUGGUGUUACCAGGGUAACCAUUCGCAAGUCAAAGAACAUUCUCUUUGUCAUCACCAAACCAGAUGUCUACAAAAGUCCAGCUUCAGAUACUUACAUUGUCUUUGGUGAGGCCAAGAUUGAAGACCUGUCACAGCAAGCUCAGUUAGCAGCUGCAGAGAAAUUCAAGGUUCAAGGAGAAGCCGUUUCAAACAUCCAGGAAAACACACAGACGCCCACAGUACAGGAGGAGAGCGAAGAGGAAGAGGUUGAUGAGACCGGAGUGGAGGUCAAGGACAUUGAGCUGGUCAUGUCACAGGCCAAUGUAUCGAGGGCGAAGGCUGUGCGUGCACUAAAGAAUAACAAUAACGACAUUGUCAAUGCUAUUAUGGAAUUGACGAUGUAGAUGGAGAUCAGGGACUGGGUCACAAUAAGAUGUUGCUGAUUUGAUCUACACUAUUGUUUGUACAAUUUAUACCCAAGAGAAAUAAAGGAGUGGAUUGAAGAAAUGA